GAGGGAGGAGGGUCUCUCAAUAAGUGCAUCAGACACAGCAGUGUGGUUCACAGAGUGAAGAGCACAGAAGGAGAAGUGACAGGAGCACAACACCUCCCAUUUGCUGAUAAUGCUAGAGGAUUGCAGAAAAAACACAAAUCCCUCAGCUCGGUAGGGGAUAGUCAAUGGAAAAUGGUAAGAAGACGACGCAUGGUGAAGUCAUUAAGGAAAUGCAGAAGUUAAGAAAUUAAAGGGCAGGAAUGAUCUGAAUACUUGAACAGCUCCAGGCAACUUUCUGUGAAGUCAUACGUACCUCCUCAUUCUCCUGGCAGCCUGGAAUUCACGGAAAAAUACAUUCUAAGAGAUCUUUUUCUAGGAACAUAAGGAGCCGAAAGAACUCAAAUGGAAAACUUGCGUCGGGUGCGUAUUACUGUAGAAGAUGAAGGGAAAUCUUUACCAUUUAAAGACCUUCAUCCCCAAGUGGCACAGAUGAGAGUGAAGGAGGGCAGUAAAAUCCGUAAUUUAGUUGGAUAUGCAUUAUCUUACAUGGAGUCUGAGGGCACUGGGCAAAUUAUCUUUGGAGCGUAUGGUCAGGCUGUAACUAAAGCUAUUACCUGUGCAGAAAUACUGAAGAGGCUAGUAGGUGGUCUACACCAAAUCACCAAGAUACAGUACAGAACUUUGCAGGAAGUAUGGGAGCAGAAGGGGCCAGUUAUUAAGAACCCAGGCCCAUGUUUAACUGUCUACAAAAAUUGCCCUUCCAUCUAUAUACUACUGUCUAAAUAUCCCUUGGAUCCACAAGAAGAUGGUUACCAACCUCCGCAGAAUCUUCCUAUAGGAGAAUCUGGAAAGAGAACACUUGAAUCACAAGGUUCAUCAGAUUCCAAAAAGAAAAAGACAGAUGUGAGCACUCAAGGUGAAGGAUGAUGUAACAGUAAAAUUUCAAGAGAUUCCAUGAAUAAAUACAGAUUUAACGGCAAACUAAUGGACUGCAUCGGAGACUAUCACAAUUUACAACAGGCAACACAGACUUGUAAGCAACGCAUAUGUUGUAAAAAAAAAAUCACAUAAAUCUGGGUAUUUCUUUGGUAUCCACUGUUCUUUUUAUCAUUUCUGUUUAUUCCACCUUUUCCUCUUACAUAUUUACAUAAAAACAAUAUUACUCUAGAUUGCUUGGCAUAUGAGAGCAAUCCUACCUAAAUGACUGUAGAUUAUAAUGAACAAUUAUAAAUAUUCGGCUUUCAUCAAUCUUUUCCAUUCAUAAAAGAAUUUCGAAAGAAUUUUGGAAAUAGGGAGAUAGCAGGUGCAGAAAUGCAUUCCUUCACUGUAGUAGUAAAUAAUGUUAUGUUGUAUAUAUAUUAAAGUAAAUUCUAAUGUAUGUCACAUUUUAUGUACGUAUAUAAAAUGUAUUAUAUAUUAGUAUGUAAAGCAGAAUACUGCAAAAUAUAUGAAAACAAAAAUAGGCUUAAAAUAAACUCAGACUCCUUACCAAUGGAGACUGUAUCAACUACACUACAUCAUUUUUUUAAAAUAUUUUUAGGGAGAAUAUAUAUUGUAUACAUCAGACCAGAUUUUUUGCUUUUGCAAAAUGUCAAGUGACAAUAUAAUGGAAUUGUACUGGAAGAAAGUGUCAAGUACCAACCGUAUGAGUUUUACACAGGAGCCAAGUGAUGGUGAUGAUCAAAAAUGGGUGUGAUUUGCUCAGUUAGGCUGAGUUCAUGUCCCGUUUUUACCAAUACAGGACCGCAUACGGCUGGGGGAGCUAAAACCGGGCGCUCCCAUAUCCCCGCCAUAUGCCACCCGUAUGUAAUUCAUUUCAAUGAGCCGACCAGAGUGAAACGCUGACUCCGGUCGGCUCAUUUUUGCCCCGUAUGCGGUUUUCCCACCAGACCUAAAACGGUGGUGGACCAUAUGGCUGGAAAAGUGAUGUGAACCCAGCCUUAUAUAGUUGAUAACCCAUUUCAUAUUUUUGCCAAUGCCAUUCAAUGACAUCCCUUGUGCCAUUUAUGCAGUGCCAAUAGCUAGAACAUUAAAUAAAACACUUUGACUAUGUCUACAGAUCGCAUGCAUACCAAUGGGUAAAAGGUAAAUUUUUAAAUGCUGCACACUAGGUUUUCAUUGACCAAACAACCAUCUGCCUAGAUAAGCACUGGCUGGAAGGCAGAGAUGCAGAUUAGUAGCCCGCACUGUGCCAAUGGGCCAUUCAACAAAAUGUGAGCGUAGCUUAUUUUUCCAUUUAGCAUGUCCCUUUGGUUAUAGGGCAGCAAAACCCACUCCAUCCAUUCUCCAAACAAAGGCUGUCUAGUGGACUGUUUGCAUCCAUCAGCUGUAGUAUUCUACUAGGCUUUAGAGACGUGGUUAAUUUAGAGAAUCCACUUGGAAAGUACAUUCUCUACUCUAUAUAGCUCUCUUAUUACAAUUCAUAAAGUGUAUUCCUCAUUAUUCAGCAAUACAUGAAAGUUUGUAAUACAUCUUAUUAGGGUAAUGACAUAUGCCUUUUCUUCUAACAGACUAAGGCUGGGU